CCGCACCAUCGAUGCUCCCCCACCACCACCACCACCAUCACCACCACCAUCGACGUAUCAUCAGAAAUCUCUGCAGACCAUGAGACAAAAUGGCAAAUUACGCGACUCUUAACCUCCAGAGACAACUCCAAGAAUAUACAGUACAUCCAAACGACAACUUCUCAGUCGGUUUCAUUGACUCGACGACCUAAGGGUACGCCAUACGAGGGCGGGCUGUUUAAAGCGAAGCUCACGUUCCCCAAAGACUUUCCCAUAAGUCCGCCUACAAUGCAAUUCCUGUGCGACAUGUGGCACCCAAACAGUCUGUCCACUCAUUGUCUCAUUGAUUGCCACCAAUUAAUACCAUUGUUUGUGCCCACUGUAUACCCGGACGGGAAGGUGUGUAUCUCAAUACUGGACCCACCGCUCAAAGAUGUUACUAUCAGUGGACAGGCGACUGAGCGAUGGCUACCCGUGAAUACGGUGGAGACUAUA